GCUCGCUAUUGUCACAUUGUUCCUUCAUUACAAAACUAGUGCUGAAGAUCAUACCAGGAGUAUCUCUGUCAAACCGUAUUCUGAGUGUACUCAGUUCGUCUCUCCCGUAAAUGAAACUGUAGUUGACAACAUACAUAGCGUUGCCUCAUGUGCUGUACAGUGUGCCACAGACACAAGAUGUGUGGCUUUCAGCGUGUCUGCAACUGAUGACAUGUGUAUGCUUCACCGUGAGAUGUUUCUGACAGGAAUCUGCUACAGUGGAAAGUGGCACCACUACAAUGUCCAGAACCGCUGCAUGAACGGGGGCGAAUAUGACCAGGACAAGCGGACCUGUCAAUGUUAUGGUGGCUAUAUCGGCCAGUUCUGUGAAAGAAUCAUGCGGGAUUGUUCGGACGGAUAUAGCACAAGCCAUUAUAACAAGGGGUCAGGAACAUACUUAAUUCAACCAAAUAUGGCGCCUUCCCCAUUCAAAGUCUGGUGCAAGAUGCAAUCUGGUGGCAAUACAUAUAUUCAAAGGCGUGUAGAUGGGUCAACUGAUUUCAAUCGGUCAUGGCAAGAUUACAAAGAUGGCUUAGGGGACCUUACAAAGAACUUCUGGCUUGGAAAUGACAAAAUUGCUUACAUUACAAAUGGACGCAGUCAUAUGCUCACAUUUAAAAAUACGGAAAUGACCACUAAACGACAGCGGAUAUACACUUUUUUCAACCUAUCACAAGAAGGUCUGUACACAAUGAGCUACACAGACACAUGGGGAAGCAGCAUUCCUGAAAAACAUGGUGGUGAUUGUUUGGGUGAAUUGAAGGGACAGCCCUUCUCUACCUUCGACAACGAUAACGAUGACAGCCCUCUGAAUUGCGCCCAAGAACACCAGUCUGGAUUCUGGUUCAAGAACUGCACUCCCUGUAAUCCUAAUGGUGUUUGGUCAGAGACUCCAGAUGGUAAGAGAGCUGGAGUUCCCGAGGAGAUGUUCUGGAUACCUGUAACAGGAGAUAACCUGUUGUUGUCUUGCUUUGUCCAUCUGUCUGCCAUGUAAAUGCAUUUAUUGAUGGAAAUGUAUCCUCUGUAAUUGUCUUAAGCGCACAAUAUGCACAGUGGGUAGGGAUUGUCAAUUUGCCGAACGUGUGGUUUUGAGAAAUACAAAUUAGCACGUUUCACACCAUGCAUUUAUAGUUUUCAUUUUCGUUCAGAUUCCAUAAUAUACACACCCACCAGUGGAAAUUCGUAUAACUUUAUGGGGCCGAGUUGAUUUUAAUGCUAUUUUUUAAAUAGUUUAGUUAAGUGUGAUAAUUGCCUUGUUUCUGAUUCUUCCAAUUUUCUGUCUCAAGCUAGAUUACUUAAACAGCAUAUAAAAACCAAUUAGAUCAGCUCCAGCACUGAUAUAACUAUUAACUUCAUAAUAGCAACUUUCACCCCAAUGACCUUAACAGUCACCAACAGCACAAACGUCUUGCUUUGUCCAGCUUCGUAUUAUGCAAGUAAACUUUUCUUCUGUUGUACCUGUGUUAGCAGUUGGUCAGAUGCAUUUGAAACAGUCAGUUGUGUUUCAUAUUUUGUGAACUAGCGGAUGGUUAGUUUCUUGUUUAAAAGUGCCUGUGCCCAGGAUGUCUAUACAAACGUGUGUGUGUGUUUGGUUCACGUUUAUGUAUAUUGUGGUUCACAUUUAUGUAUCAAGUAGAUACGUCUGUGUGUUUAGUUAUAUAAAUUAGGUGCAUUGAGAUCAUGCAUUGAUUGAUAUGUGAUUGUGUAAAUACUUAAAAUAGCUUAAAAAAUAAACUCCUAUUUCAUAAUCAGUAUACAUGUAUCUUCAUAUCUUUAGAUAUUCUACCAACUUUGUAGCUGGUAUACUUUCUCUCUCAAUAAUUAAGGUAAAUCUAAACUAAAUCUAUAUGUAUGAAAAGGUAUUUUAAUAUGUUCUAAAUUUAAUUGGCCAUUUCCUGUUUGUUAUGCGGCUAUAUUGUUUCAAAUUUCUAGAUAAUGGUAACAGAUGUUAUGAUGCUACCAUCCCAGUAGCUUGUUCUGUGUAGUGCUGCGUUUACCAAAGCCUUGCUCCCUUCUUCAUCUACUUGAUAAUAAAUGUUUGUGAUUAAAAUUUGUAAACAUGUUGUAUUUGUUCAACCAAACUCAGCCUUGCAAAACUGAUAGUUAAGAACAGUUUCAUGUCCCCGUGAGAAUUGGUGCCAUACUUUUCACAAUUCUUCACCUUUUUGU